UUUGGGAGACGAAGGCCACAAUGCACGGCCCAAGUCAUUUCCUGCGCCACCUCACGGGAUUCCUUCUCCGGCGGCACCUUCUCCACACAAAACCCGGUCGUCGGUACGUUCCCAGAAACGACGACGUCCAGAAGAAAGACAAUGGAGAAAAGCACAUGUUUCUAUACAAGAGUUGGGGUCAACACGUCCUAACCAACCCAAGGGUUCUCGACACCAUCGUUCGAAAAUCAAAUAUAAAGCCCACAGAUACCGUCCUUGAGAUCGGACCCGGCACUGGAAAUCUCACUCUAAGGCUUCUUCAAGCAGCACAAAGGGUCGUUGCAGUUGAGUUGGAUGCUAGAAUGGUGGAAAUUCUCCGUAAACGUGUUGCUGAACAUGGUCUUGAAGAUCAGCUCACUGUUAUAUGUAAAGAUGCAUUGAAGACGGAUUUUCCUCAGUUUGAUCUUGUUGUGGCCAACAUCCCGUAUGGAAUAUCUUCGCCUCUGGUGGCUAAAUUGGUAUUCGGGGCGAACCCAUUUCGAAGCGCCACGCUUCUCCUUCAAAAAGAGUUCGCACGGCGGCUGUUGGCUAACCCCGGCGACUCAGAGUUCAACCGUCUGGCUGUGAAUGUGAAGUUGGUGGCUGAAGUUGAGUUUGUUAUGGAUGUAAGCAAGAGGGACUUUCUUCCAUGUCCAAAAGUUGACUCUUCCGUGGUUACAAUACGUCCGAAAGCCGAAGUUCCGGAUGUGGAUUUGAAUGAAUGGUGUGCUUUCACGAGAACGUGUUUUAGUAAGAAGAAUAAGACAUUGGGUGCAACGUUUAAGCAUAAGAGAAGGGUGAUGGAGCUUUGGAGAUUGUCCAAUUUGAGGGGUUCAGAGACAGGAAAUGCAGUCAGUGGGUGCAAUUAUGAUUGUAGUUAUGAUGAAGAUAAAGAAGAGGAAGAAGGGAAUGAGAGUGAUGAAGGGAAUGGUGAUCCAUAUCCCGGGUCAGAAAUGGAGAUGAGUCUGUUCAAAGAGAAGAUAAAUGGGGUUCUGAAAUUAGGUGGGUUUGAUGAUAAGAGGCCUGCAAAACUGUCUGGGAAGGAGCUGCUGCAACUGCUUUCCUUAUUCAAUCAAGCUGGAAUCCAUUUUCAUGAUCAAGCAAAGCCAAGGAAUGCAGACAAUAUAGCUGUUGCGGCUUCUUACAGCACAUAGCAGUUCCACCUUCUUGUACUAUCCAUACCAUGUGGGUGGAUUUUAUUGAUAGAUUGCCCUGCUCAAGUGCAAAUUCGCAUCUGGGUGGAUUCACCUAUCUUACAUCAUCUUACUAGGAAGAUGUGGAGAGAAAGUUGCCUUGCUUUUUGCAGCAGUUUGGGCUUUGUUUAGGAAUUUUUAAGACUAGAUAAGUGGGAAAUAUGUUAGCAGCCGCCAACAGUACCUAUGUUAAAGCUGGACGGCAUCCUGUAGCAGCAGCUAAUCUGCUACUGUUAAGCUUUCGCCGGAAAUCUCAUAUAGCAUGGCGGAAAAGAUUACCAGAUGCGGUCCACUUCAAUACAAUAUUAUCACAGGAGAUUUAGGUCCCAAUGGGAACCUACUUCUGAAUUCUUUUAAGGGCUAUAUUUGGAACUAUUCUCAAUAACAAUUUUUCUGUUUUUGAAAAUAAAAGAACAUAUGAAAACAUGUUUGGCUGUUA